AUCUCUGUCACCUCCUCCAGCCCCUACACCCCCUCCCUAUCUCUGUAACAUCCUCCAGCAUCGCUCCUCCAGUUGUGCACGCUCCUCAUUCGUUGCAGACAUACUGUCGUCUGCCUGGCACCCCCCCCAGCUUCAUCCUUCUCUCUCCCCUUUAAAAACCGACCCCUUUGAGCAAUGGGCGAGUGGGGCCCUGGAGACUGUGGAUGUGCAAGAAGCAGGAGAUGCAGGAGUGUUGAGUCUGCACCUGGCAAAAAGAGCCCAGCUUCUGUGAGAAAACUGGAUCGUGGUGGAGGCACUGGCGAGGGCCCAGUGAACAAUGUGAAGAACCUGAUCAUCCGAAGAUUGAAGAGGAAAAAUCAAAAUCACCAAGAAACACCACAGUCUCCAAAUGACAAAAGCUGCAGUGGGUGGAGUUUGACUGGAGCUGUCUCCCAUGAAUCCCUGACAGAAUCCUUGAGCCCGAUAGAAACUCUCGAUCUGUCUAAUGAGACAAAUGUGAUCAUCAGGCCGCUCCACAGUAGUAUCCUGGGAGAGAGAUACUGCUUUGAGGUGAUUAAUUCCCGAGGAAGCCGCUGCUUUGGUUGCACAUCUGCUGCCGAGAGAGACAAAUGGAUAGAGAAUCUUCUUCGAACGGUCCAGCCCAACAAGGAUAACUGCGAGCGGGUGGAGAACAUGCUGAGCCUCUGGGUGAAUGAAGCCAAGGAUCUGACCCCCAGGAAGAAGUACUUCUGUGAACUGCACCUUGAUGGCUCACUGUACGCACGCACCACCAGCAAGCUCAGCCAGGAGGAGCUGUUCUGGGGCGAACACUUUGAGUUCAGCAACCUGCCCCCGACAAAGGAGGUCACCUUGCACCUUUUCCGAGACGAGGACAAGAAGAGGAAAGAGAUGACUACCCUUGGCUCUGUCACCAUCCCUCUCGCCGAGGUAACCGGCCGCCAACAUGUCGAGAAAUGGUACAACAUCAACAUGCCACCGCUGAACAAGGGCAAGGUCAUUGUGCCAACCAUCCGCAUUAACCUGCGCUACCAGAACAUCAAGGUCCUGCCAAUGAUACACUACAAGGAGUUUGCAGAGUACCUCAUCUGUAACUACACCACCCUGUGCUCUGUGCUGGAGCCAGCUCUGAAGGUGAAAGAUAAGGAGGAGGUGGCCUCUGCUCUGGUCCAUGUCCUACAGAGUGUCGGAAAAGCCAAGGACUUUCUGAUUGAGUUGGGGAUGGUGGAGGUUGACCGUUGUGAGGAGAAACACUCUGUGCUCUUCCGAGAAAACACCUUGGCCACCAAGGCCAUUGACGAAUACAUGAAGCUGGUUGGACAGAAGUAUCUGGUGGAAACGCUUGGAGAAUUUGUGACGAGGCUUUACAAUCCAGAGGAAAAUUAUGAAGUUGAUCCCAAUAAAUGUUCAGGCAAUGAUGUGUCAGAGAAUCAAGCCAACAUGAAGACUGUCUGUGAAGAGGCCUUUCGGCAAAUCAUUGAUUCCUAUUGCAUCUUUCCAGACGAGCUGAGGGAGAUAUUUGCAACUUGGCAGCAACAAUGUUUGAGUCGAGGGAAAGCAGAGAUUGGGAUGAGGAUGAUCUGUGCCUCGCUGUUUCUGCGAUUUCUCUGCCCUGCGAUAAUGUCACCCAGCCUAUUCAAUCUGACCCAGGAAUAUCCCAACGACAGCACCGCACGGACUCUCACACUCAUCGCUAAAGUCAUUCAGAACCUGGCCAACUUUACCACGUUUGAAGACAAAGAGGGCUACAUGACCUUCAUGGACAAUUACCUGGAAUCAAACUGGGAUAACAUGAAAAUCUUCCUGACAAACAUUUCCAACCCGGAGCCCAGCAUCAACAAUUCGGAGUUUGAAGGCUGCAUUGACCUUGGCCUGGCUCUAUCCAUCCUGCACUCUCUUCUCUGUGACAUUAUGUAUCGGUUGCAGCAGGUACUAGUUGUGACACAUUGA